AUGGGAACAGCAAGGGCUCGAGCUCCCCCAAAGACGCCUGUGACACCCACGCAGCAUGCCGAACCAUCGCGGCAACUGCCCGACAAGACCUUCAUAAUCGACAAUGGCGCGUACAUGAUCAAAGCCGGCUAUGCUUCUGCUCUCACACCCGACGAAGCUGUUUCGGCCUGCUCCUCGAUACCAAAUGCUAUUGUCAAGACACGCGAUAACAAAAUUGUGAUCGGAUCCCAACUCUCGACUGUCAAUGACUGGAAUGAGACGAUGUUCCGGCGCCCGGUGGAGAAGGGAUAUGUUGUGAACUGGGAAGCGGAGAGAGAGAUCUGGGAACAAUCUUUCUUUGAGGACAAGGCGUCGGCUCGGAAUAAGGGGCUAAGAAUUGCGAAUCCGGAAGACACUACACUAGUGCUCACUGAAGCGCCAAACGCUUUGCCGAUUUUACAACGACACACUGAUGAGAUGGUUAUGGAAGAAUGGGGAUUCGGAGGAUAUGCAAGAUGCUUAGGUCCAGCCCUCAAUGCGUGGAACGAAAUCCAUUCUCUUUUCGGCGAUCCCCUCACCCAGACGCAGGAAGCAUUGCCAGCAGAUUGCUUACUGGUAGUCGACUCUGGCUACUCGCACACGACAGUGACGCCAGUCUACAAAGGCCAAGCGCUUCAACGAGGAAUCCGAAGGCUCGAUCUUGGAGGCAAGCACCUUACCAACUACUUGAAAGAAAUCGUUUCAAUGAGACAGUACAACAUGGUGGACGAAACAUAUAUCAUGAAUGAAGUCAAGGAGGCGGUGUGCUAUGUGAGCAAUGAUUUCGCUGGUGAUUUGGAACAAACAUGGAAAAUAGGUCGGAAGCGACAGGCCAGUUCAGAGGAAGGAAUUGUGUUGGAUUAUGUCCUUCCAGACCCAAACGCAAAUAAGAAGGGCUUCAUCCGACCCCAUGACCCUCUUAUGCACGCCAAAAAGAAGAAGGGGGCGCUUUCUGGGCUCAGCGCUGAGGUUUUGUCAGAAGACGUACUGGUCCUGGGCAAUGAACGCUUCGCUGUUCCAGAGCUUCUGUUUACACCAGGCGAUAUCGGUAUGAAGUCAGCUGGUAUACCUGAUAUGAUCCUGCAGGGGUUGUCGGCUCUUCCGACUGGCCUGCAUUCUGCCUUCUUGGCCAAUGUCAUAGUGGUUGGGGGAAAUGCUUUGAUUCCAGGAUUUAUGCAAAGAUUGGAGACUGAAUUACGGCAGAUCGCUUCUGCCGAAUGUGUAGUGAGGGUGCGCCGAGCUACAGACCCCGUUCACUCAACGUGGCUCGGAGGUUCUCGCCUCGCCAGCAACAGAGAAGAGCUCAGCAAGGUAGCCAUCACUCGUCAAGAAUAUCAAGAAUACGGUUCAGGAUGGGCUGGCCGACGAUUUGCCGGCAUUAUCUAA